CACUACUCCUCUUAACAUCAUGUUUUAGGUUAAAAUAUAAAAAAUUGAAAAUAGAAAAAAGAAAAAGAAAACUGAAAGGAGAACGAAAGGUCUCCUUCUUCAAACACCCACCGCCGAAUCUCAUCCACAACAGUGCCGCCAUCUCUCACUAGUUGAUUCUUUUGGUUAGUUGAUUCUUUUGGUUCUAGUGCGUCUUUCCCCCUUCCCGCAUCGUAACCGCUCAGUCUAACCCUGUUCAUCGCGCCGCUUUCGAGUCCGUUGGCAUCACCGUCCUUUCUUCCAACAACGACUGAAGGAAGUUGUGUUGAAAUUGAAGUCACUUUUAACUAAGAACAAGCUUUUGGUUUAAGUUGAUGCUGGAAUCAAGUUGAAAGAUCUCCAGGUAACAGAAAACCAAACAUGAUGAAGAAGGAUUGGGUGGAGUUGCCUCCACACAGUCAAGGUUACAAGGAUGGUGUCAAUUACUUUUUGGAUAUUGCAUUCACCAAAGGAAAGGUUGAAGAAGAUGAGAUUUUGUGUCCUUGUGCUGUCUGUUGCAAUGAUAGUUGGGAAGUAAGAGAUGUAGUGUAUGACCAUUUAUGUAGCAAAGGAUUUGUAAAAGGGUACACUGAAUGGAUUUAUCAUGGUGAAGAUGAAAACCUUAUGGAUCUUGAUGGUGAUAGUGAUGAUGAAACAUCAUCUCAUGAUGAUAUCGAUGGCUUAUUAUUUGAGACUUUUAAAGAUAUAGCCGAAGGAGGUGGAGUACAUGAAGGGAUAAAUGAAGAUGCAAAAAAAUUUUAUAAACUAGUUGAUGAUGCAAAUCAAGAGUUAUAUCCUGGCUGUGAAAAGUUUUCCUCGUUAUCAUUCACUAUUCGAAUUUAUUUGUUGAAAUGUCUCCAUGGAUGGAGCAAUGCAUCAUUCACCGCUCUCUUAGAGUUGUUGAAAGAGGCUAUGCCAGAUUUGAACAUCCCUGUCUCUUUCAAUAAAACAAAAUCUAUGAUAAAAGAUUUGGGCUUAGACUAUAAAAAGAUUGAUGCAUGUCCCAACAACUGCAUGUUGUUUUGGAAAGAUCAUGGGAAAGAUGAUUCAUGUCAUAUUUGUGGAGCAUCAAGGUGGAUUGAAUAUCCUGAAGUUGCUAAUGAUCUUGAAGAAUCUAUAAAAGCUCACAAGGUUCCUGUUAAAGUUCUAAGACAUUUUCCUUUGAUUCCAAGAUUGAAAAGACUUUUUAUGUGCUCAAAGACAGCCGACACAUUGAGGUGGCAUGCAGACCAUCGUUCAAGGGAUGGGAAGAUAAGGCAUCCGGCCAAUGCCCAAGCAUGGAAAGACUUUGAUGCAAAACAUUCAGAUUUUGCUCGUGAAACUCGUAACAUAAGACUUGGGUUGGCAAGUGAUGGGUUUAAUCCAUUUAGGACUAUGAGUCUUUCACAUAGCACAUGGCCCGUUGUAUUAACAAUAUAUAACUAUCCGCCAAAUUUGUGCAUGAAGGCUGAAAAUUGUUUGAUGUCGUUACUUAUUCCUGGCCCGAAGUCACCCGGAAAUGAAAUUGAUGUGUUGUUGCAGCCACUUAUUGAGGAGCUUAAGAUAUUGUGGGAUGUCGGUGUAGAAACAUAUGAUAUUUCAAAAAAUCAAUCAUUUCAAAUGCGUGCAUCUCUUAUGUGGACUGUGAAUGACUUCCCUGCAUAUGCUAUGUUAUCCGGUUGGAGUACUAAAGGGAAGUUUGCUUGCCCUGCUUGUAAUCAUAAAACUUCUUCAAGAUACUUAAAACAUAGUCGAAAGAUGUGUAAUAUGGGUCAUCGAGUCUUUUUAGAUUCAAAUCAUAGUUGGAGAUCAAAUUCAAGUUCUUUUGAUGGAAAGCCGGAAUAUAGGUCUGCACCCUCCUUGUUAGAUUCAACAAUGAUUUUAAAAGACUUAGAAAAGAUCCCUGACGUAGUGGGGCAGAAAUAUCAGAAAAAAAAGGCAUGAUACAUGGAAGAAAAAGUCUAUCUUUUGGCAAUUACCUUAUUGGAAGGAUAAUUCUUUGCGCCAUAAUGUAGAUGUUAUGCAUGUAGAAAAGAACAUUUGUGAUAAUAUAAUAGGGACUCUCUUAGAGAUUGAAGGGAAGAAAAAGGAUCAUGCAAAAGCUCGUUUGGAUCUACAACACAUGGGGAUUCGAAAAAAACUCCAUUUGAGGGAAACAAGUGAUGGUAAGAAAACUCAAAUCCCGAAGGCAUGUUUCUCCCUAACAAAGCAGGAGAAAUCUGUUUUUUGUAAUGUUUUAAAGACAGUAAAACUUCCUGAUGGCCUUGCAUCUAAUAUUUCUCGAUGUGUUCAAGUUAAUGACGGAAAAGUUUCUGGAUACAAGAGUCAUGAUGCUCAUAUUAUAUUGCAUUACUUGUUACAAGUAGCAAUAAGAGGGAUAGCCCCUAAUCAAGUUGUUAUUCCUUUGCUCAGGCUUUGUUCAUUUUUUCGGUGUUUAUGCCAGAAGGUUAUAGACGUGAAAACUUUAGAUUACUUGGAAGUAGAAAUUGCUGAAACACUUUGCCAAUUUGAGCGUAUCUUCCCUCCGAGUUUCUUUGACAUAAUGGUUCACUUACCAAUUCACCUUGCAAAUGAAGUCCGAUUGGGCGGACCAGUUCAAUUUCGAUGGAUGUAUUAUAUGGAAAGAUAUUUGGGUGAUUUAAAAUCUUUUGUUCGUAAUAGGAGUCGUCCAGAGGGUUCUAUCGCUGAAGCUUACUUGGUUAAAGAAUCUCUAACAUUUUGUUCAAGAUAUUUGUCUAGUGUUGUAGACACAAGGAUGAAUAGAAUGACACGAAAUAGCGAUGAUAUUCCAGGCAUAGGUCAUCCAAUUGGGGGAAAGAAACUAAUUUCCCUUGACCAUAAGUCUCUAAACCUUGCUCACGGUUACAUUUUAUUCAAUUGCGAUGAAGUGCAAGAAUACAUUAGGUAUAAUCAUCUACUUGAUACAACAUUUCAUUCUCACAAUAAGUUUUAUUUUUCUUUCGUAUUGAAAAGUUAGUUAUUUAUUUUGUAGAGAGCAUGAGGUUAAUGUUCAUAAUCCUAAAAAAAAAAAGGAAGUCCAAAAAAGCUAACAAUCAAAGAGAAGAUUUUAUUCAAUGGUUUGAAACACGUGUCAUGGAUGAGGAAGUUACUGAAUGGUUGAAGGUGUUGUCUAGGGGACCAAAUGAUGUUGUUAGAAGGUAUUCUGGUUAUGUUAUUAAUGGAUACAGGUUUCAUACAACAAACCGCGAAGCAAGGCUUAAAACACAAAAUAGUGGUGUGACAUUAGAAGCGGUGACUCAAGUUCUUAGAAAUGCGAAGGAUGAAAAUCCCAAAAAGAUUUGUGUGACUUACUAUGGGGCAAUAAAAGAUAUUAUAGAGUUAGAUUAUUAUGGUCAUGAAAAAUAUGUAUUGUUCAGAUGUGAUUGGUUUGUGAAUGAAAAGGAUAAAUAUGGCUCGCCGUUCGUUUACUUUAACAAAAAAUGCUACAAAAAUGAUCCAUUUGUGUUGGCAUCUCAAGUUCAACAAUGUUUCUUUAUUGAAGUAUUCCUUGUAUGAAUGGUUUUUUGCUUAAUUAAAGUAUUCCUUGGAUGAGUGGUUCUCUGGAAUAGGCAUUUUAAUUCACAGGCUGUUUUGUUAUGGAAUUAUUUUGAUUU